AUGGCUUCCUCUCCUUUAAACCAAAAGUCCAAUUACCAUGCUCGCUCUGUUAGCUUGCCCUCCAGACCACACCCUCUCAUUCUACAAUGCAAUGAGCAUUUGUGCAGAUUAGGUGCUUCAGACACUACUUCUUCAUCACCAUCAACAACAUUAAGAAGCAAACUGAGUUGCCUUCAGGAUCUGUACGAAUGUGUUGAAAAGCUGCUUCAGUUACCCCAAAGUCAGCAAGCCAUUGUCCUAGAGCGCCAUGAAAAGUGGGUCGAAGAGCUUUUCGAUGGAUCUCUCCACCUAUUGGAUGCGUGUAGCGCAGCCAAGGAUGCCGUGAUCCAUACAAAGGAAUGCACACGUGAGCUCCAAUCAAUUAUGCGCAGGAGAAGAGGAGAUGACAUGGGAUUUGAGAGGGAGGUCAGGAAAUACUUGAUGUCCAGGAAGGUUGUCAAGAAAGCAGUCCAAAGAGCCCUUAAAGGCAUGGAAAGUAAGCGUGGUAACAAAAACCAUGAGAAUCUGGCCAUGGUUAGCACAUUAAGAGAAAUAGAGGCAGCCACCCUUAAUGUCUUUGAAUCCUUGUUAUCCUAUAUAAUUGGCCCUAAGUUGAGAUCAAAACCAAGCAGCUGGUCUUUGGUCUCCAAGCUGGUCCUUCCCAAAAGAGUAGCAUGUGACAAUGAAGAAACAGAAAGAUCUGAAAUAGAGAUGGUCGAUGCUGCAUUGUAUGCCAUUAUCAGUGAAAAAGCAAGCAAAUCUGAUCACAUAGUGAAUGCUGAGAAUGUCCAGAACUUGCUGGGAAAAUUGGAGCCAAAUGUUCAAGAUCUUGAAGAAGGACUAGAGCGCCUUUUCAGGCGCUUAAUCAAAACAAGAGUUUCCCUUCUCAACAUCUUCAACCACUAG